GCUCAUCUUGAGGGGUUGGGGCUGGGGCGCCUCUCGCUGUGAGGGGCUCAGGGCGGACCCCAACCUCCUGUGAGGCCCCUCUGUUUGUGAGGGGCUGGAGCUGGGCCCCCUCCCCACCUUGGAGGGCUCAGGGUGGACCCCGACCCCCUGUGAGGGUCUCCCCAGCUGAACACUCCGCACUUGAGCUGCUCACCCCCUCCCAGUAACUCUGAAACCCUUCCCCUCAUCUCUGCUCCUUUUUGGGGUGCUCAGGGGUGCUGGUGGCCUGGGAGGAGCCCCCUCCUCGUCACCCCCUUUUAAAAGUGGCUGGGACCAUCUCAAGCGGUUUCAGGGCUUGGAAGUGCCGGGUUUUAACAGAAAAACGGGGAUCUAGGAGCUCACGGAUCAGGAACUCCUUUGUUUUUCCUCACACAGAGCCCUGCCUGGUUUAUAUAAUAUUUUUCAUCGCUUGGAUGCUUCAUUAUGAGCCACUAAGCCGAGCAGGACCGGAGUUAAUCCUUUGUUCCAGCAGUUUGCAGGCUGGGGACACAGCCCAGGUGUCGGUGCUGCUGCAGGAGGAGCAGGGAGCUCCUUUCCCUGAGGCCUGUCCAGGCUGUCACCCACUGAUGUCCCGGCUCUGAGCACAUCCAGAGGGGCCCCUCCAGGGCCUGGAAUCCUCGGCAGGAUGAGGAUUGUGGUGGCCAAGGUGCUGUGUCUGCUGGGAAUCUGUGUCCUGGUGCUGGCCGGGGCCCUGCUCCCCGUCAGGGUCAUCGAGGCCGACUACGAGAAGGCUCAGCGUUCCCGGAAAGUCCUGGCCCUCUGGAAUUCCUUCGGAGGAGGCGUCUUCCUGGCCACCUGCUUCAACGCCCUCCUGCCCGCUGUGAGAGGGAAGCUCGAUGAGGUCCUCAGGCAAGGCAACGUGACCACGGACUACCCGGUGGCCGAGACCAUCAUGAUGGUCGGCUUCUUCCUGACGGUCUUCGUGGACCAGCUCUUCCUGACCUUCCAGAAGGAAAAACCCUCCUUCAUCGACCUGGAGACCUUCAACGCCGGCUCGGACGUGGGCAGCGACUCGGAGUACGAGAGUCCCUUCAUCGCCUCGUCCCGCGGGCGCGCCCUGUACGGGGAGCACGGAGCCCAUUCCCACAGCCUCAACAUCCCAGAACUGUCCCGCUGUGGCCCCCGGCGCCUGCUGGGGCUGGUGUUUGCCCUGUGCACUCACUCCAUCUUCGAGGGCCUGGCCCUGGGCUUGCAGGAGGACGGCGGCAGAGUGGUCAGCUUGUUCCUGGGAGUGGCCGUGCACGAGACGCUGGUGGCCGUAGCCUUGGGCAUCAGCAUGGCCAAGGCCUCGCUGCCGCUGAGGGACGCGGCCAAGCUGGCGGUGGCCGUGUGCCUGAUGAUCCCGCUGGGAAUUGGCAUCGGGAUGGGCAUCGAGAGCAGCCAGAACGCCGCCGGCAGCAUCGCGUCGCUGCUGCUGCAGGGCAUCGCCGGCGGCACCUUCCUCUUCAUCACCUUCUUCGAGAUCCUGGCCAAGGAGCUGGAGGACAAGAGCCACCGGCUGCUCAAGGUGCUGUGCCUGGUGCUGGGCUACGCCGCGCUGGCCGGGCUGGUGCUCAUCCCGUGGUGAGCCGGGAGCCUCGGGAAGCAAAGGGAGCAAAACCUCACCUCUCCCCUCCCACUGGCACCGGGAGGAGCCGCCCCUUCCACCGCCGCGGGCAGCUGGAGCAGCCCUGCCCGGGAGGUGUUUCCACGAUUACCUGAAAGAGGAGAAUCUCCUCUCGUGUGCUCAGAGGGAGAUGAGUGAGGAAUAUCCCGAGGGAUUGUCCCUGCCCGAGGGGCUGCAGGGAUUAGCGGACACAAACAUUAAGGAUCUGGGUAAACGCUGCUUUUUGAGUGUGAGUGGCUUCCUGCACUGCCCACAGCCCACUCUCCCUCCUUCCCCUCGCCCACGCUCCGGAACGGGCCGGGAGCCUGCUCCGGAGGCUCCGAGGAGGUGAGAAACAAACAGGAAAGGAGGCAGAGCAGGUGGGAGCAGGGAUUGCUGGGCUGCACUAAGCUGCUUUCGCUGGCUUAGUUGGGAGCAAAACCUGGUUGUAAGAGCUGCCAAAAAUAACAUCCCUGUUGGGACUCCGGCCUUCCGGGGCCCCACUCCCUCCGGCACAGCUUCCAGUGCUCCAUCUGGGGCUCGGGGAGCUCGGCUUUCCCAGGGAUUCAUGGAAGAAAUGAGGCCGGGCCCCUCUACCCUGCUUCCUCCUCAGCAUUGGAUCCAUAGGCUGAGCACUCCCUAAGGAAAACCUCCAGCAGCGUGGUUUGGAAAUCAGAGGAUGAAGCCCAGGAUGGUUGGGGUUGGGAGGGACCUUAAAACCCAUCCAGUGGCACCCCCUGCCAUGGGCAGGGACACCUUCCAGUAGCCCAGGGUGCUCCAAGCCGUGUCCAACCUGGCCUUGGACACUUCCAGGGAUGGAGGGAGCAGAUCCUCACAUUAUCCAGAGCCUGGGAUCCAUGAGCUUGCAGGAAACGGGCAGUAACCAUUUCCAGCACGGAUAUUUUGGGGCAAACCCUUGCGUUUUCAGUGCUCUGCAGUCAGAGGGGUUGAGUAGUUCCCAUCAGGGGCUGCUCCAAGGCUUUUCCAGGUUUCCAAAGGAAUGAAAUCACCUCCCUUGAGGAGAGUGGAGGUGGUGGAAAGGCUGCUGAGAGCCACAAGCAGAUCGCAAUGGCUGCAGAGCGGGGCCCCCGGGAAGCUCCGUGUGCUGCUGAUCCCGUUGGAUUUGCCCUUCGGAGCAAGGAGCCGGGAUCAGAGGCUGGAGCCGGGAUCAGAGGCUGGAGCUGGGAAUGUGCUCCCCCCCCAGCCGUGUGACACAGCCUGGCUCAGGCAGGGGCUGUAUUUUAAUUACCCAGAGCCUUCACUCCUGCAGCAGCUUCCGCCGGGCUCCUGGAAGCGCUGAUGGAAUCAUAAGGAUGGCGCAGUGCCGGCAGCGGGAAGGAGGCUCGGAGCCUCCGCGGUGGCCCAGCUGCAGCAUAUGGAGGCAGCUGAGCAUCAUCUGACAGAUCCUGGGGCUCGUUAGUUUAAUUGCUGCAACAUCCCCGAGUCAAUUAAUCUUCCUUUGAAAACCUGGAGUGGAGGGGGGGGUGUGGAGGGAGGUUAUUUUGGGCCUGGCAUGACACAAACCAGCAGGAUGAGGAGAACGUGAUUUGCCUCGGCGUGGUAAAGCCUCGGGGCUCUUUCACCUCUCCUGAGGGGUGACCUCGCGCCUGGGGGGGUUCUCUGUGCUGCGGGGGACGAGGAGGGAGAGGUGACACCGUGCUGAGUGUCCCUUGCUGGGCUGUCGCCUCCGUUUCACACCCUCCUCCUGCUGGAGUUUGGGAUCGGGGGAAGGGGGGGCUGUGAAGUGCCGGGGGUGCUGAGCUCCCCCAUCCUCAUCCCGCCGCCCUGGAGGAGUUCAUCCACAGGAUCAUCCCGUGCUCCAGGAUGGAGGAGGAGGCCCUGCUGCUCCCAAUAAAUUCCCUGCCCUUCUC